AUGGUUGAUUCAGAAAGGUUUGUGUUGGAAGGCAAAUCCGAAACAGUUACUGGAAUAAGAGAACUGCAAUCAAAUGAAAAUGCUGUGGUACAGAAGAUAGAGAAUGGUGAUAUGAAUGUGAAUCAAGUUUUGGAUGGAGCAGAUAUCACUUAUAUGAAGAAUUGUCUAUCUAAGAAACAAAUGAGAAAAUUGAGAAAAGAGCAGGAGAAAUUGUCGCGCAGGAAAGACAAGCGAGCUAAAGAAAGGAUGAGGAAAAAAAUGAAGCGUGCUGCGCAGCGUGAAGCUGGUUACGUAAAACCGAAACUGACACAUAUCCGUCGAAUGGAAGAUUCAAGAUGUAAUCAAAGAGUUGCUAUUGACAUGCAGUUUGAAUCUUUAAUGCAGCCAAAAGACAUUCGUCAUCUUUUUGUUCAAUUGGCUCAUGCAUAUGCUGUAAAUCGUCGAGCUGAAAAUCCUUUGCAGUUCAGUGUUGUCGGCUUUUCUGGUCCUCAAAACAAGCUCUUUUUUGGCAACCCAAAUAAUCAUCAUUGGGAUGUGGUAUUUGAAGAACAACCUCUGGAUACGGUAUUUGAAAAAAAUGAGGUUGUCUACCUGACAGCGGAUUCGGAAAAUUCGUUGCAAACACUCGAUAGUUCAAAAGUAUAUGUUAUUGGUGGUUUGCUAGAUCAUAAUUCCCUCAAAGGACACUGCUUAAAAUUAGCAACAGAAAAAGGUUAUGCACAUGCUCGGUUACCUAUUGCUGAAUAUGUUAUGUUACAAACUAGAAAGGUGCUAACGAUUAAUCAAGUUUUUGAAAUUUUAUUGCGCUAUACGGAAAGUGGGUCAUGGAAGAAGUCAUUUCUUGAUGUGAUUCCGAGAAGAAAGGGCGUUGUUGAUAUUAGUUCCAAAAAUAUGGAAGACAAUGAUAACAUCGAGAAAGAGAGGAAUAUUAUAGCUGGAAAUAAUGUCAGUAGUAUGUAA